AGGAUUCUGGCCCAAGACGCUCCGACUCAGGCCAGCUCGCCCUCAGCUUGGGAAAGACUCGCGUCUCGACGCGGCCCCGAGUGAGCCGCUCAGGCCAUGACGCAACCACUGAUGUCUGACGGGGCGAACGGCCUGCCUGUUGCAGACGAAGCUGAGAAAAGUAAGGCGUCAGCCAAAAGUGUCAAGAUGAUCAGUGCCAUCUUCGUCGUCGGCCAUGCGAUCAGCUUCGGGCUCGCGUUUGCCAUCUACAAGCUGGGCAGCACCUCGAAGUACGACAGCGCAGCUAAAGCAGCGUUCAACGCCGAUGGGUCGGGAAUGGGAGCGUACGCCUUCUUUUCUGCAGUGGUGUACUCCAUGCUCACAUGGUGGCUCAACAUGUACCCGCUCAUACCGAAAUCACGGGUGAUGCUCCAGAACAAACAAAUGCGAUCUAACAUGUACAUCUACCAGGUCAACGGCAGUUCGCCCAGUGAGCAGCCAGCUGUCUUGUUGGAUGAAACUGGGGACGUGGGAAUGUACAAUCGUGCAAACCGGUCCAUGCACCACUUCACAGAGUGGACUGGGGGGGUCUUGUUUACGUCGCUGUGUUGCAUCCAUGUCUACCCUUUUCCAGUUUUCGUCCUCAUUGUUGUGUUGGCAGUUGGACGCGUCUUGCACCAGAAUGGCUAUGCAACAGGAGGGUAUGGGAAGCACGCUCCAGGGUUCAUGCUCGCAAUUGCUUCAUACACGACCAUUGAGAUGCUGUGUUUGAUCGCGGGCGUCAGGCAGUUGAUGCUGAGUUGAGCCCGUGGCUGCUGUAAGCGCAUCGGGGCUCGUUGCAGCCCUCAGUGCCCUCCACUCUGUCUUCAUAGUAUCCAGUUGCGCUGCCGCGCCGAUCCACCACCGCGUUUGGGGAAGCAGCGCGGCAGAUCUGUGUUGGUGAAUCGUUGUAGCGCAAAAUGGCUCUAGGUAUCUAUUUUUUUCUGUUCCCCCGGCAAGCCCUGCCACGGGUACGGGCUCUGCCCUCUUCUAGAGUCGGGGCCCUUUUCUGAGACCAUGCGGCUUCCUGAGCCACCUCGGGCCGCCGAACGAGCUCGAUCGUUGCUUCGUUCGGCACGGGGGCCAUGCUACCAGAAGCCCCCUCUCUGGCUCCUCACGACGGUGGUGGUGGCGUCGAUCGAUGUUCUUCGCCCCUACAUGCAGACGACACCCAGAAGUAGGGUGUCCCAGAAGGGGCCGCGACUCCGAGAUCUUGGCGUCUCUUCAUCGGCGGAAAAAAUCGAAGGCCUGGGCGAGGGCGACU